AUGACUAAAUCCAUCUUAUCUACUCCUCCCUUUACUCUACAAAGCUCUCUUCUUCCAUCUAUAAACUUCAAGGAAUGGAUGCUCGAGAGAGCGUUACAGCUACAACCUGAUGUAUUUGCAAAACUGCUGAUGAUUCUCCAUGGGGUAUGGAGAAACCGAAACAGCACAUUGUGGCAAAACAAAACUCAAACAGCUCAAGAUUUGGUGUUAAGCUGUUUUACAUGGCUGGAGGAGUUUCAUACAGUCCAUGCUAGCAACAAUGCAUCAAAGCAAAUGCAGCAGAAAGUAUGGAAACCCGCUGCACAAGGUCGUCUUACUUUAAAUGUGGAUGCGGCCUUCCUUCCAAAUCAACAUCACGGUGGCAUAGGGGGAGUGCUCAGGGACUGUCAAGGACGAUUCAUUGCAGCCUAUGCACGUCCUAUCCCUUAUACUGCCUCCCCAAAGCAGUGUGAAAUGUUGGCCAUUCGUGAAGGCCUUGAUCUAUUGCAGUCUCUCCAACAACAGAAUGUGCUUAUUCAAAGUGAUUGCUCAGAAGCUGUUGCGGAAAUUCAAUGUGAUGAUCAUAGUUUGUUGGAAAAUGGUGGUCUCAUUGAUGAUAUCAAGCAGGUCUGGCACCAGCUUGAAGGAAUUCAGCUAAUGCAUACUCCCCGAAGCUGCAAUGGAGUUGCUCAUCGGCUUGCUGCCAUAGGUUUUGAAUUAGAGCAUGCUUCUGUAUGGCUGCAUCAUGCGCCAGAAUUUUUACGUGAUGUUCUACACUAUGAUUGUAACAGGCUCAAUUGA